GGAACGGUUCUGUUUCGGGUGACCCGCGUGGCCUCUUGGUUGAGGCCUCUAGGAUACAAAGCCCCCGCCUGCAGACCCGACCCUCCCUCGGGAGGGAGGCAGGGCCCGGGGGCGGGAGCGCAGCGGGGCCCCAGCCUCAGGCGCGUCACUGAGCACAAAGGAGGCAGCAGGGAGGCGGCGGCGGGCGUCGGUCCUCGCUCCCAGCCGCUCGCGGUUGCGGUUGCAGACCUGCAGCGCCCCCGCCCCCGCCCGCCGGCCUUUCUGUCCCCUCUCUCCCUCCGUACUGGACGGCCGCGGUGCACUUCCGGGCUCCGGAUCGCCGGUGUCGAUUGGGGCUGGGGGCGCGGAGCAGGUGGCAGCGGGGCCGCCACCCGGCGCGUCGGGGCCCGCCUCCCGCUGCUUGGGUCACCAGCCCCCGCCCGCCCCGCGCGCCCCGCGCGCCCCGCUCAGUUCCCCGGCCUGCGAGCGCUUCCCGCCGGACUUUGCGCCGCGUCGGGCGCUACUGCUGCGCUCGGGGCCCCGCUCGGCGCCGGCGUGAAAGGGGCAACCGGGACCCCGGCCCAAUAUGGCUGAAGUCAGCAUCGACCAGUCGAAGCUGCCUGGAGUCAAGGAAGUAUGCCGAGAUUUUGCUGUCCUGGAGGACCACACCCUGGCUCACAGCCUGCAGGAACAAGAGAUUGAGCAUCAUUUGGCAUCAAACGUUCAGCGGAACCGUUUGGUCCAGCAUGACCUCCAGGUGGCUAAGCAGCUCCAAGAGGAAGAUCUGAAAGCCCAGGCUCAGCUCCAGAAGCACUACAAAGACCUUGAACAACAAGACUGUGAAAUUGCUCAGGAAAUUCAGGAGAAGCUGGCUAUAGAGGCAGAGAGACGACGCAUUCAGGAGAAGAAGGAUGAGGACAUAGCUCGUCUUUUGCAAGAAAAGGAGUUACAGGAAGAGAAAAAGCGAAAGAAACACUUUCCAGAGUUUCCUGCAACCCAUGCUUAUGCAGAUAGUUACUGUUAUGAAGAUGGAGACCAAUCAAGGUCAAGGAGGGCCAGGGAAUUGGGUUCUGGAUUCUCAAGACCUUGUAGAAUCCAAAGAGAUGGAAAGACUGUGAAGCAGAAGAAGGAGAAACCAGAACAUCCACUGGAGAACUUGGAAAAGCCAGAACAGCAUUGUUCAUCAGAGAGAUACCUGUCAUCCUCUGGCUGGGGCACAAUGAGGGACAAUUCCCAAAUUAACAGUCAGCAGCACGAAAGGAAACAAUCCACUCAGGAGAGGCUCCGGAGACCUCCACUUCCCACGAUCAGUGGUGAAGUGUUUCUGAGCACUGAAUAUGAUGACUGGGAGUCUAAGAGUAACCAUCGGACUCGAAAUUGGGAAAAACAUUCUCAACACCAAGAUCAACUUUCACCCAAGCCCUCACAAAAAGCAGGGCUUCACUGCAAGGAAGUUGUAUAUAGGAGGGACCAUGAGCAAGGUGAGCACAGAAAAAGGAGACACAGGCCCAGGACUCCUCCAUUCUCAGAGCGUGAGAAGCAGCUCCACCUCCACGACCCAGGAAUGAAGCCAAGAGCAACAAAAGAAGCUAUAUCUCCUCCAUCACGAGUGACUCACAGGGAUCAGGAAUGGUAUGAUGCUGAAAUUGCCAGGAAACUACAAGAAGAACUUCUGGCUACCCAGGUGGACAUGAGAGCCGCUCAAGUAGCUCAAGAUGAAGAAAUUGCUCGACUUCUAAUGGCUGAAGAAAAGAAAGCUUAUAAAAAAGCCAAGGAGCGGGAGAAAUCAUCUUUGGACAAAAGAAAGCAAGACCCUGAGUGGAAGCCAAAAACAGCUAAAGCAGCACACUCAAAGUCAAAAGAGAGUGAUGAACCUCACCGUUCUAAGAAUGAAAGGCCAGCACGGCCACCACCACCUAUCAUGACAGAUGGUGAAGAUUUGGAUUACAAUCAUUUCACAAACCAGCAGAGUUCCACACGGCAUUUUCCAAAAUCAGAGUCCUCUCAUAAAGGUUUUCAUUACAAGCAUUAAAAAUCUGCCUUGAAAAUGGACUCACUUUAGCAAAUAUUACUGGGUGAUACAGAAUGAAUUCUACACAUAUUUUUUUCAUCUGUGUUUGCAUUCCUGGGAUUUAUCCUCAAGCAUAUAUUUUUGACCAUAAAUAAUUUUAAUUCAUUUCAAAUGUUUUGGUUAUCCAUGAUCACUUGGGCAGUAUGAGAAAAUGUAGCUUCUGAAUAUUAGCCACCUCUAUGCUGCAUAUACUUCCUGGGAUAUAGUAUCUAGAUCUCUGUAAGCUGCCAUUUUGUUAGGUAUAGAAGUUUGGUAUCUAGGGAGUAGGCCUUAUUUAGCAAUUCAAAUUUUAUGGAGAUUAAUGAUCAAAGUAAAAACAAUGUUUGGGUGCAACGCAGAAUAAAAGAAUAUAAGAAAUAGCUUUUUGUUGCGUUAGUGUAUGAUAUUUUGAAGGACAAAGCUUUUGCUUUUUGUACUCUUUAGGAAAAGAAAAUCACAACCAUAAAGUAUUUUAAAAAAAGAAAUACUUGGAGCAAUUGAAGUAUGUUAUUCUGACCAGACGGACUGUAGAGGUUUUGCAUAGCCGUCUCAGCCCUCCUGGGGAAAUUGUCCUAAAUAGCAUUCUUUAACACUCUGCUUUUGCCUCAGUAGCAAGGCUUUCUGAAGCCCCCUACACCUCCCCGCCGGCACUGGACCAUUUAUUAAUAUUUAUUGAAAAAAUUUAGUUCACUGAAAUUUUAACUUAGAUACAUGAAUGACUUUGUAUCUCUUCUUUUGUUUUUCAUUUACUUAUAGAGCCAAGGAAAUGGAAUUGAAAAAUGAUUUCAUAAGUAAUGAUGCCAUCCAUCUCUCUGGCUGUAGACUAAGGUUUUUCUCUUGCUUAAAGUCAUUGCAGUAUUUGUUGACAACCUCUCAAUAAUGUUUUGUUUAUUUGCCAAUAAUUAGAUCAAAUCAACAUGAAGUUGAAUUUGAUAAAGUGGUUAUUUAUUCAAGUAUUUGGUGGGUUUUUUUUUUUUAAGAUGGAAUUUCGCCCUGUCACCCAGGCUGGAGUGCAGUGGUGCAAUCUCUGCUCACUGCAACCUAUGCCUCCUGGGCUGGAGCAAUUCCCCUGCCUCAGCCUGUGGAGUAGCUGGAAUUACAGGCAUGUGCCACCACGCCCGGCUAAUUUUUGUAUUUUUAGUAGACAUGGGGUUUCACCAUGUUGGCCAGGCUUGCCUGCAACUCCUGACCUCAAAUGAUCUACUCGCCUCAGCCUCCCAAAGUGCUGGGAUUACAGGUGUAAGCCACCGUGUUCAGCCAGCCAAGUACUGGUUUUAACCAUUUGUAUUUCUUUGUGCAAGGGAUUGUAUUCCUUUGUAUAAUCAUUAUUAUUACAAGAUCUUUAAGCCCCUCUUCAAGAAAUUUCGUUUUUGUGUAGCUGCUAACCUUACUGCAAUAUUUAUUUUCCUGUACUACUUAAAUAACAAAUGGCAAUCAAGCUCACUUGUUCUCCCUCUCUCUUUCUCCCCACUCCAUAUAUAUAUAUAUAUAUAUAUCCCUUCAGCUUGACUUGCUAUUGUCUUUUAUUAUAUAAAUCUGAAAUUCUUGGCAUUUCAAUAGGGCCUUUGUUUAGGAAGGAAAUACAUAGAUCACUAGAGAAAAUGUUAUUUUUUUUCCCACUGGGAACUGCCUUCUCUAUGCCUUACCUUUUCAGGUAGUUUUUAAAGUUGGGCAAUAUUCAGGAAGCUGUUUAAAAUAGUUUCUCAGAGUGGAUUUGGGUAUCUCAUUUUGAGAAAGAUUUUUAAUUUAAUAAAGUUUAUGUAUUGUAGGAAUUUAAAUAAAAUCGCCUGAGUUACGUUUUCGGUAAAUGUUAAUCGGAGAGAUAGUCUGCAUCCCUAAGUGAUGUCAUUUUGGAGAAAUGGAGGGAAAGGAAAAUAACAGGACUUCUUAUAGCUAUGAUAAAAUGCCUAAAGAAAAACCUCCAUGUAAAUACAGAAGGGGAGACAAAAUGGUAGGUCCUGGCCUUAAGUCAAAUUCUGGAUAGUGGUUUCAACAUCCAAAGCUUAGGCCUUAUUUACUUAUAGUAAUGCUAUAUUUUUCUUUAUCUGCCCUGUGAUUUUGCUUCAUGUCCUUCAAAGUUUUUUAUGGUAAUUUUAAAGGAAAAAACAGCGUAUUUUUAUUUGAUAACUAGGCAAAAUCAUUUGCCGUUUUUAAUUUCAUAAAUAUUUAUUUUUCUAUCUCUUACUAUGAUCAGUUUUAUUUUAAAAAUUUAGUGUUUCUCUUGCCUCUCACAUACUUCAUCCAGUCAUAUUUAUUAUUGUCAAAUGUUAACUGGAGAUACUUAAUUAAAAAAAAAAAAGUCACCAUUUAACACUUAACCAGAAUGUUAGUGUUUUAGCUGUCUUAGUAAGUGACCAAAGGUGGUAUUGCCCUUGUGAUAGCUAAUUCAACAUGUUUAUUGAAAAUUUGUUACAUUUUUUCAAGGUUUCUAAAAGAUUACAAUUUUAAAAUAUUUUAUGUUUAUUUUAUUUUUGUGUAAAGCAAACACUUUUUAAAGAAUAUCAGAGUAAAUAUUACCCUAUGAAUAAGGAGAUAGAAAUGAAAUUCAGCCGGUUAAAUCCUCUUAUUCUUUCUCAUGCAAGUAAUGUAAUAAUGUUUGAAACUAUAGAAGCAACUCAACUGUAUUUUAAUGAACUGCCAGACACUCUUCACUGUGUUCUCUGCUUUUUACUUUGUCAUUUUUAUAUAAAUGUGGAAGCAUUUUUUGUUGUUGUUGUUGCUGCUGGAACGAACACAUGCAGCUUGACUUUUAGGCCCAUAAUGUAGUAAUGAUUUAAUGUUGUGAUGUAAGCUAAUAAUUCUGGCCUUGGAAAAUGUUUCUGUUUCUGUAUCUUUGUUCUUUGGUGGCCAGGCCUCGUUGACACCAGUAUUGUUGAAUAAACAAAAUAUGUUAUGGAGCCUUAUCAUAAUAAGGCUGCUUGACAUAGACACCCACUCUCCUCUACCUUUUAUAAAUCAUCGUUUGGAAGUGAAGUUAGGUAAGAGUCA